CUCGAUCUGAAAUAAAACCAAAACAAACAAAUGAAUAACUUCAAAUUCACGUCAGAGUCAAAGUCAACAUGGUGUGUUGCGGAAUCUGUUAUACAGCACCCCCGCGACAACUACUCACAAUCCUAGCAUUCAUUGGACUAACACUAGCCUUCUGCAUGCGACAGGUUCUACCCAUAUCGAUAUCAGAAAUAACAAUCAACUCUGAAGAACCUCACAAAUGGACAGAGUUACAACAAGCCCUAAUUUUGAUGGGAUUUUACAUAGGAUACUCUAUAAGUCACAUUGGUGCCGGACUAAUAAUACAAAAAAUGGGUGCACGGAUUCCCAUAAUCAUCGGAAUGAUAAUCUCAAGCGUGAUGACUGGAUUAAUCCCGUUUGUAUCAAGUUUCCACUGGUCUGCGUUGGUUGUCAUUAGAAUAAUAACCGGCGCUGGCCAAUCUGUCCUAAUGCCGGGAAUAUCUUCCCUGUUAACAUACUGGGUACCCCUAGAAAACCGAUCAACAAUAGCAGCGAUAAUCUACGCCGGUGCACCAAUGGGUACAUUCUUAGGAAUCUACCUCUCUGCAAUCGUGUCAUCAUACUGGAAAAACUGGCAGUAUGCUUAUUACAUGUGGAGUGGCUUCACUGCCACAUGGCUGGUUCUAUUCAUGGUGUACAUUUACUCAUAUCCGAAAACACAUCCACGUAUUUCAGCCCAAGGCAGUUCCUACCAACGCGCCGACUUCAUUCAAAACGAAUUAGUAGCCGAGAAAGUCCAGAAACUUUCCUACGGCUGCCAGAUCGUUGCAACCUUCGGGCACACAUACAUCCUGUUCACACUAGACACUUACUUGCCCAAGUAUCUGCAUGAGGUGUUAAAAUAUGAAGUAGAAGAUUAUUCCAUAUACGCUGGAACACCUUUCGCGUUAAUGUACAUGUGUGGGAUUAUCUCCCGCUUGGGUUUUUCAUGGAUGGUAAAUAAGAAGAACAUAAACGUCGAUUUUCUACGAGUUAUUUACUGCUCUUUUGGUAAUGUUCUCAGCGGAGUAACUCUAGUAUCAGCAUUUUAUAUUGCAAGCCAACAACAAGUAACAACAUUAGUGUUGAUUCAUAUUGCGGCACUUCUUGCAGGAUUUUUCUAUGGUGGACUGAACAUGUUAGACAUGAGCAUCCGGAACAUCAAUGCAAUGUCUUUGGUUAACGGUCUGGCAACAACGUCGGGAGUUGCUGCGAUUACUGUGAUUGCACUAAUCGCAAAAAACAGGUCAAGCACCGAGUGGACACAUGUCUCGUACAUACUGCUUGCAGUGGAAGUACUAGUAUGGAUCCUUGAUUGUAUGUUCACAGCAACCAAACUAUGUUUGCAACCACGCGAUGAGGACAGAAGAUGGCAUCAAAAUAUUCCACAGGCGCAACACAAAGAUAUAAUCAAAGAAUCGGCUGCUGUGCAAGAAGAGCUGAAGAAAAAACAGCGGGGAGAGCAAAGUGCGGAGACCGAGUCGUCAACAUCACGACCAUAACAAUAAAGAUAAAAAGCCAAUUGCAAUUACUUGUAAACUAACUCACCGUCGUU